AUGCUGGUUUCUGGCAUUUCGGCCAGCAUCCUGAACAAGUACAUAGUAACAGGCCUCCACAUAACCGGAAAGUUCUUUAUUCUUUUUGUGCAGACAGCGUUUCUGCUUUCAAUCCUCUUUAUUCUCAACGCCUUUGUUUUUGGCACGAUUGCUGCUAAAUCGGUUUCUGUCGAUGCUGUUCUUCCUUGGGCGCUGCCAGCGGUUUCUCUGCUCAUUAUGAUAUACUCUGGGCUGGAGGCAAACGCCCGCCUCUCCAUUUCUCUCUUCACUGUGCUAAAAAACCUGACCAUUCCUGUGAUUGCCGUGCACGACACUCUGUUCAACAACUACCAAAUAACCAGGCUUACGCUUCUUUCGUUUUUUCUAAUUGUGUUUAGCUCCUUCCUGGGCGCAUACUCUUCGGACCGGCACCGAAAGGACUCGCCCUCUCCCAUAGGCCUGCUGUGGAUGCUCCUCAACUGCCUCUCGUCCGCAGCGUAUAUUAUCCGGUUUAACAAAAUAGUCAGAGCCACCAAGGUCCCCAGCAUUUUUGCUGCGUGGGCUGUCAACAUGCUUGCGUCUCCGCUGAUAUUCACAUGCUUCUUGGUGGAGGGAAUAAAAAGCGUAAAAACCGCCACUCUCCGGGAGAUUUUAAUCAUAGGCCUUUCCGGAGCAGCAGCAUGCUCAAUAUCGGUGGCAAACGCGCAGGCCGCCACUACAUUUUCAACCACCACAGUGGCCGUUAUAAACGCGCUGAACAAGCUGCCGAUAUCGGCAAGCAGCGUUAUUUUUGGCCUGGAGAAAACUGGGAAGGCGUCCAAGUGGAUUGCUGUUUUUCUAGGCGUGGCAGCUUCUAUAUUAUAUGCGAUGUCCAGAGCCCCUGCCAGCAAAGCCCAGUGA